CAGAGCCGAGAGCGCAGCUGUUUGGAAUCAUGACUGAAGAUGACGGAUUCGGUUGUCGUGGAGGGACAAGUCAAAUACAGAGAUGGAAAAAAGUGGAAGAGUAGGUGGGUUGCUCUCAGAAAGCCCUCCCCUGUAGCAGAUUGUCUGUUAAUGCUAGUGUACAAAGACAAGUCGGACAAAACCAAAGGCCACAAGGAAAGGCACAGUAUCACACUAGAAGACAUCUGUGGCCUUGAACCUGGGCUUUCCUAUGAGGGGGUCAGCUAUACACUCGCUAUCAUCUGCUUGUCAGAGACUGUGAUGCUGGGCUUUGAAAGCAGGGAUACCAUGUAUGCCUGGGAUAUACGGAUUCGCUACAGCCUUGGGGAAGUCCACAGAUUUAAUGUAGCAGUACUACCUGGUACCAAACUAGAGACUGGACCUGCUACCCUCCAUUUAUGUAAUGACCUUCUGGUAAUUGUGAGGGAUAUCCCACCAGCAAUCAUUGGACAGUGGAAACUGUCAGACCUCAGAAGAUAUGGAGCUGUCCCCAAUGGCUUUGUCUUUGAAGGGGGAACACGGUGUGGCUAUUGGGCUGGUGUUUUCUUUCUGUCCUGCGCCGAAGGGGAGCAGAUCAGCUUUCUCUUCGACUGCGUCGUUCGAGGCAUAUCCCCGAGCAGAGGCCCCUUUGGACUGCGGCCAGCCCUGCCAGACCCCAAUGCUAAUCCAGCCUACAUGGAAGACAGGGUUAGCCAUGAAGCUCUCGAGCUGGAGAAACGCCUCAGUCUCCUGUCCCACUCCAGUCGGCAGAGCAGUACAGCGUCCUCUUCAAGUUACAGCACCUCGGGGACGCUAGGAGACGACAGAAGUCUGUCUAGCUCUUCUUCAGACACCAGCCACUCGGAUACCAGCAUCGGCAGCAGGCUGGCAAUCUGGCCCGAGCCGUCCAUCAGCAGUGCCCCCCUGGAGCCCCACAGCCUGCCCGCGGCGAAGACCGUGCUUCACGGGGAGGAGAAGCUGCAUGUGGAGGCCAUGCGCGGGACAAGACCUCCUCCGAAGCCCCCUCGGUCCCGGAAGCUGCAGGAAAUCGGCCGCCAGAGCUCCUCUGACAGUGGAAUUGCCACCGGGAGUCACUCCUCAUACUCUGGAAGCUUCUCUUCCUACACGGGCAGCCUGGACAUCUGCCACGGAGACGAGUUUGGAUCCCUGCUUAGCCUGCCGCUGAACCUUGCAUCCGAUCAGAGCUGGUGCACCUGCCAGCACGGUGAAACACAGAGGGUUCUGGGCUCCGAGUAUCAAGUUCCCAGCUCACUUAGGCAUCUCUACGACACGCCUCGGAGUUUAUUACAGGCAGCUGCCAGCCGGGAAGCCCAGAGCAAGAGCCCAGAUACUUCACUACCAAAGGACGAAGCUGCUCUUUCCCUGCUUACCAGCAUCACAGACACAAAAGGAGCUACUCCUGAACUGAGCUCUGACAGGAGGCUUGCAACAUCUUCCAGUCAUGAAAGCUCCAGAGACUCAGAUGAGACGUAUGUGGAUCUUAUACCGAGGUGGUCAGCUGUACAGCACCCUGAACAGGUGCGGGUACCCAGGAGCAGUGAGGUGGUGCCAUCUGCUGGUGUCUCCACAGACCCGUGUGAAAUAUGCAGCCCCCACCCAGGGGUGUCAAGAGCUCUGUUUGCUGCUUGCCCUAUCUGUGGAGGAUUGAAGGGAACAACACUCUCACAUUCAGGAGUCUUAUCCAUGCCAGCUAUACCAGAAAAGAGCUCUGCAAAAACCUUCUGCUGUUUUUUAGAAUGUAGUAAGCCCACAAACAGUGAGAAAACCAGCAAGAAGAAUAUAGAUGACGAAUGUGGACUUAGGAAUGCUGGUGAUGAUGAUGAUUAUGAAGCAAUCUGGGAUGCUAGAAGUGUUCCUACCACUGAUGCGGUGAAGAAUCGUGCAAGUGGGAAUUUAGAUAGGAAAUGUCUUCAGAAAGGCAGUGAAAAAGGUGCAACCGAGAUAAAAUUCCAUCACAAGGACAUCAGUUCAAAUCUCUUCACAGGAGUGCACAGCAGCUAUUGGAAAAUUAGUAACUGCAGUGAAAAUUUAAGGGUGCAUAACCUGUAUGAACCAAUGGCUCCAGCCUUGAGAAAUGGGUCUUUGGUCAGUGCAGACAUUACAAAAGGAGCCUCAAUUCUCUGGAUGUGUUCAGAGAACAAGAAAUCACUAGGAAAAAAUGAGUUUGAGGAAAUUGAAAACAACCAGUCUGACAGAAAGACCGAUGGCUUAACUAGUACUCCUGAAAGUGGAUCCUUGUCAGACAUCUUGAGCAAAUAUAAUGCAAGAUUGCAGCAUCCACCUGGCAUUUCACCAAGAAGCAAUUCCGUGGAAAAUAAGAAUGUCAAACAACAAGAGCAUUCCCAAGAAAUGUUGUCGAGUUUUCACUUUCAGCCCCUUGGGGUUGAUGACCAAAGUCAGGAGAUUUCCACCGGUGAAGAGUCAUCAGAAGACAAGAAACCAAAGAAAAAAGAUGAGAAGCGCAAAACCGAUCUGGCAUAUGAGAUCAUGGAAGGACGAGGAACGGAAAAGCCAGCAGAGUGGGAUGAAAGCAGCAGAUAUGAGUUGAUGGCCAGUUAUGGACACCAGAAGAUUUUCCAUGAGACAGAAGGUGCUACAUCUUCACUAGGCACUUCUGGCACAUUACAGAUGCAUAGAGAACAAAGUUCACUCUCUGAUUCAAAAGGCAGCUAUGAGCUGAUGACCUCCACCAUUGAAAUGCCAAAAAGAUGUGAAGUCACGUCUGGUGAAUAUUGGGGCAUGUCAGCCAUCUCAACGGACGUACAAGUGCCGGAAAAGCUUCGUGGUGAAGGGGUGACCUAUGUUAAUAUUCCUGUCAGUCCGACGUCGAAGAAGCAGCUUCAUUAUAUGGAAUUAGAGCUUCAGGAACCUGGCUCUGGAGUUAGAGGAGGGGGCUCUACCAAGUACGCCCAGAUUGAUAUCACUGCCACAGAGACAGCCCACAAAGUGGGGACCCAGCAUGCUCAGUUCAGAGAGGAACGUCUGCAAGAACUUGAACAGAAAAAGAAGGGAAAUGCAAUUAAACUGUGAGGAGGUUGAUACCAUGGCUUCAUUCAAGAAAAUGCUAGAUGAGAUCAUCAGAUCAACUAAACAGUCCACCACUCUUUCCAACCACCUCAGAUGUCCUCUGAUCUGUAGAAGUUAAUUUCUCAGCCUUUAAUGUUAGCCUUUAACAACCUUUGACCAUACUGAUCAUUUUAAAACAGCAAACUACAGUCAUUCUGCUGAUGCAAAGGUUGUUUCUUCCUGGAACAUGAACAAGAAUUAGAAACUGGUUUCUUAGUUUCUCUUACAGGUGGUUUUCAAUCAUGCCAAUGUCAGGCAGUGUAUAUUACUUAAGGAUAAGGUUGUAUGUUUUCCAUUAAUGAAAAUUAUAUCUAAUUAAUUAUAAUUAAUAGAAACUCUAAUCAACUCACUUUAUCUUUACAACACAACUUGACUACCUGUGCACCAGAAACAAUGCUACACAUCAACAUAACUGUUCAAUGUUUGCUACAUUUUAAAGAAUAUUUGCCCAACAAGCUACUGAUAUAAAGCUUAAAUACUGCAGCAGCCAUAUCACUCUGCAACUCACCACUGGCAACCCACUGAAGAUCAGUAGGUGAGAGCC